UCCCCCAGAUGGCAGGACAACCAAUACAUGUUAAACAUGUUAAAGUAUAAAUUAAAUACAAAAUAAAUAUAUAUGUCCAAACAGUUAUUUUGCUGUACAAAAAGAAUCAGACUCUGAAAUAGUAUACAAUUAGCCUGUGAAGGAAAUCAAAAAUGCAGGCGAAUAAAAAUAGAGGGAUUGGGAAUUCUGCGUAGUGGUUCAGUUCAUUACUGCUCCGUUGGAACUGUUUUGGUUCAUAUCAUUGCCAAAGAUAGCCAGAUCCAUCAGAAUUGAUCAUCAUAUAGUAUUGUUGUUGAACUAUAUAAUGAUCUCUUGCUCCUGCUCAUUUCACUCAGCAUCAGUUCCUAUAAGUAUCUCCAGGCCUUUCUGAAAUCAUCCUGUUGGUCAUUUCUUACCGAACAAUAAUAUUCCAUAUUAUUCCUAUACCACAAUUUAUUCAGCCAUUGUCCAAUUGAUGGGCAUCCACUCAGUUUCCGGCCACUACAAAGAGGGCUGCCACAAAUAUUGUUGCACAUACAGGUCCCUUUCCCUUCUUUAAGAUCUCUUUGGGACAUAAGCUCAGUAGUAGCACUGCUGGAUCAAAGGGGAUGCAGAGUUUGAUAACUUUUUGAGCAUAGUUCCAAAUCGCUCUCCAGAAUGGCUGGAUGUAUUCACAAUUCCACCAACAAUGUAUUAGUAUCCCUGUAAAACCCCAUUCUUGUAGAAACAUCAUAGUGGAGGCUACUUUGCUCUAAGAGUUGAACAAAAGAUGAACCAGGCUUAAAUCUCAGCUGUCAUUUUCUACUCGUGUGACUGUGAGCAUCAGCUCAUUUAUUCAUCGGCUCAUUUAUUUACAAAUUCAUCAAACAAGCCUUUAUUAAAUGUCACUAUAAAUUAGGCACUGGUGCAUAAAAGUGAGGCAGCUCCUUCCUUCUGGGAAAUUCCAGUCUAUUGAUGCCUCAGUUUCCUUAUUUGUAAAAUGAUAAGGGAGAGGAAAUAGGGCUAAUCUCUGAGAUCACUACCAGCACCCUGUCUGGGUCUGCGGUCUCAAUUUAAUCUGCUGUGAGGUGGAGGGUGAGGCAGGUCAAAUCCUGAUCUCUAAACCCAAAGAAAGCCGGGAAUCUUGCUCUCGAGGACGUCGGUUACCCCCACUUUCUGGGAGUGUCCAGGAAUGUCCCGCCACCCGAUUCCCCCUCCAGCAGCGGAUCCUCCAGAAGCAACUGUAUUUACACGGUAUGGGCGAGUACCGGAACAGCUUAGCCUGGAGGCUGAGCGACACUCCCGCUAGGGAUCAUAGAGAGGAGAGGAGGAUAGAGAGGAUGGGAGGGGGGUGGGUGGAGAACAGAGAGGGUGGGGCACAGAGAUCCUGGCUUCAAAGUAAACGGGAGAAAUGGCUGCUGUCCUACCUUAGGACAAGGAGAGCCUUUAAAGAUUAAUAUAGCUAGGGGAUGGGGGAGAGGAGGGAGGAGGAAGGAGACUUCGGGGACGAUUAGGAGGGGCUUGAGGGACCCUGGAGGACUCAACCUCAGCAUGAACAUCAUCCCCGCCCUCAAAAAACUCACGGUUGAAUGGAGGGGGAAAGCAGAGAAACUUGGAGGGGAGACGGACAAGUUGGGUCCUCCUUCUGCGGAUGUAGCUGCCGCUAGCCCUUGCCAUCCUCCUGGGCGAUGGCCAUGGAACCUCCUCCCCCCCAGGCGUCUCCCUCCCCAGAACCGGGCCCCUCGUCCACCCCCGAGGCUCCCGGACAGCCGCCCAGGCUGGGCCGAUACCUCCUCAUUGACACGCAGGGUGUUCCCUACACGGUGCUGGUGGAAGAGGAGGCCGAGACCCCCACGGGGGAGGUGGCGGUGGGCUCCAGCUCCCGAAAGUGCUACAGCUGCCCCGUGUGUUCCCGAGUCUUCGAGUACUUGUCCUACCUUCAGAGACACAGCGUCUCCCACUCGGAGCUCAAGCCCUUCAUCUGCGCGGUCUGCGGGAAAGCCUUCAAGCGCGCCAGCCACCUGGCCCGCCACCGGUCCACACACAGGGUCGGGGGCGGCCGGCCCCACGCCUGUCCCCUGUGUCCCCGAAGAUUCCGGGACGCGGGGGAGCUGGCCCAGCACAGCCGAGUCCACUCGGGCGAGCGACCCUUCCAGUGCCCUCACUGCCCUCGGCGCUUCAGUGAGAGAAAUACCCUGCAGAGACACACUCGGAGGAAGCAUCCGUGACAGGGGUCUGCAAAGCCUGGCUGUGUCCCCGCGGGGGCCCCUACCAGGGGAAAGGACCAGAGAGCUGGGGCCCGGAUAAUCCCCCUCAAGUUCAGGGCCGAGGGGCGGGACCUCUGCACGGAGACCAACCGAGAGCUCCGAGGCUGGAAUCCUGGCUCCGGGCCACUUUCCUCCCUUCUGCCAUGAGGGCCUUGGACUAAGGUGACCUCUAAAGUCCCUUCCAGCUCCAGCUUGCUGGACACGGGCGCAGCUCCCGGCCUCGGAGGCGCCUCUUCGAGGGGGUGGCCGGCCCUUCCUUUCUCAGAGGAAGUACUUGGCGUGUGGGAAGAAUCUGAGCAGCCGCCCCACUUGGCUGUAGGUCUUCUGGUGGCCAUUUGUGGAGGGGCUGAAGAGCUAGGGGAGCCUCCAUCCCAUCCCCACUCCCACCUGGGAGAGCUCUGGGCUGCCAGGUCCCAAAGCAGCUGGGGAUCCCCUAGAACUGCCCUGGGGGCAGAUGGGGAUGUCUCCUCUCUUUUUGUAGGCCGGGCCUUGUGGUGGGAAAGGCCCCAUCCGGACCCGAAGGGCUGUAAACCAAUGAGCAGAAUAAAUGCAAAGAGUUUUCAGUGAGGAGACUCGA